AUGGAUCGGGUGACCGAGACAGGGCCGGGAACCCCACCGCCCGAAGGGGCCCCGAAGGUAGUUUGCUAUCAGUGCGGCCAGGAGGGCCAUUACAAGAGGGACUGCACCCUGAUGGACUGCACCCUUGGGCAGAGGCACGCGGGAGGCCCGGACAGGAGGGCAGCAAGCGCGGCGCAGGUAAUUAAAAGGCUGUGGGUUAACGGGAACCCAGUGGAGGCCAUACUCGACUCGGGGUGCAGGCAGACCAUUGUCCGGAGGGACGUGAUACACCCGGUGCGGACCCGGGGCGCGCCUGUAGCCCUCUGGUGCGUCCACGGGGACAUCCACUACUACCCUACGACCUGGGUACGGAUAGGGGAUGGGGAGCUGGAAGGGGAAUGCGUAGUCGCCGUCGGCCCUAAAUUAGCAUACCCGCUCCUGCUGGGAUGGGAUUGGCCCGGCCUGAAACGAUUCCUGGGGCAGUGGAACAGUGGGAGGAAUCCCAGACCGGAGCCAGAAGCAGGGCAGGGGACCCUGGUAGCCCAAGGAGAGCAGGAUGGGGGGGGGGGGGCAGGCCAUUGGCCCGGCCUGAAGCAACUCCUGGGCCGGGGGGACAGGGGCCGGAACCCCGGACAAGAGCCCGAGGUGGGGCAAGGGACCCUGGUAGCCCAAGGAGAACAGGAGGGGGAAGAAGCGAUCCCAGGGGUGGCCCCGGCGGCUGAGGCAUCAGGGCAGACCCGACUCGACGUCGAGGAGGGGGACUUCCUUACACAACAGCGGGAAGAUCCUACCCUACGGGCAGCCUGGGAGCAGGUGCGCACUACGGGAGAAACUCCAGGAGAAGACCCGCCCAAGCAACCGGACGGACCUCGGUUCGAGGUAAGAGAUGACCGCCUUUAUCGAGUGUCUCCAGGGGAACUCCCAGGGGAGGAGAGAUGGCAGCUGCUGGUCCCGAGGCCGUACAGAUGGAAGGUCCUGGAGCUAGCGCAUGAACACCCGUGGGCCGGACACCUGGGCACGGAGAAAACCCAGCAGAAGGUACUCCAGAGAUUCUAUUGGCCCGGGGUGUACCAGGAAAUUAAAAAUUUCUGUAGCUCCUGCCCACAGUGCCAAAGAACGUCCGGGACCCAGGUCCCGCCGGCUCCCCUGGUUCCCCUGCCCGUGGUUGGGACCCCCUUUGAACGGGUGGCAUUGAACCUGGUAGGACCGCUCGAGAAAUCAGGGCGCGGGCACAGUUACAUCCUGGUCAUCGUGGACUAUGCCACCCGUUGCCCAGAGGCGGUGCCCCUGAAAAGAGCCACGGCCCCCGCCAUAGCAGAGGCAUUGGUCAAGUUAUUCUCAUGGGUCGGGCUGCCCAGAGAGUUACUGACGGAUCAGGGGACGAACUUAACUUCUAAGGUUAUGACGGAACUGUGUAAGGUCUUGCAGAUUAGGAAGCUCCGGACAUCGGUAUACCAUCCCCAGACCGACGGGCUUGUGGAGCGCUUCAACCGCACGCUGAAAUGGAUGCUCCGGAAGUUCUCACAGGACGACCCCCGGGAAUGGGAUAAGCUGCUCCUGGCACUGAAGUUCGCCGUCAGAGAGUUUCUUCUGUGUAUUUGAUUUAUGACAUUUUCCUUCUGCAUCAACUGCCAUCAUUGCCAGCAGACCCAACUGGCAAACAACACAAAAGAAGUUGAAGGAGCCAGCCCUGUGGCAUGCCUCUUUCUCCUCAGCCUUACAAAAGUACUUCCACAGAGGACCAAGAGCCACAGAUCUGCACAGAUGCGGGUAGGACAUGGCUGAUAGCUCUUCACCGGAUUCUCCUCGCCUAUGUUAUUUUGUAAGAGCUAUCAACAUCCUCCCCACCCCUGCCACGCCGAGCAGACAGGGAGCCAGUGAGAGUCAUGCCAAGGGACUGACAGGUGAAAGAGAACCAAUAUCCAUGUCAGGCUAAGAUCUGAACUCAGACUGAUAUCGUUGGGAAUUAAAAUACUUUGAUUAAACUUUCAUUUCUCUGUU